CGGGCCCGGGCUGGACGAGUCGGGGGGAUGCGCGCCAGGGGCGUCCGCGCCGCGCGGGCGGGACUGACAGGUCGGCCGAGCGGGCCGUGGGGCCGGGGCCAGCCCGCGCACCUUCGUGGGGAGGAAGCGAGGUCCCCGGGAGGGAGGAAUGGAUUUGGUUUCCCCGCAGUCUGGUUUACGCGUAAAGAAUGCAGCCAUCUGGCGGCUUGCGGUCCCUGGACUUGCCCCGAAGGUGGGAAGGAAGCCUUCCGGAUUGGACUAAGGUUUUAAUCUUGGGUGGGAGGCGGGGAGGAUAUGCCAGGCUUUAGGAGUAGUAGUCUCCGAGAACAAAGAAUUAGAGGACCCACAAGUCGUAAUCUCGACCGAAGUACUCUAAUGAGAUGAUUUAAGCAAGGUUAGGUAGCGUAUGACCUUUAAAAAAAAUAGUAUCCCACUAACCUGCAUGGUCUCCACGGUUCGUGCCACGAAUCACUGGGAUGGUUUCGGCUUUCUUCUAUGGAAACUAAUCAGCAAUAUAAAGUGAUGAGGUAAACUGAUCAAUGUUGGAAUUGGGCAGAGAUUAGACACCUUUUUAGGCAGGUGUUCUUGAGUACCACUGACAACACGGUUCUCAGAGUAUUUCAUGACAAUGGAUGGUGACAGUUCCACCACAGAUGCUUCUCAACUAGGAAUUUCUGCAGACUAUAUUGGAGGAAGUCACUAUGUUAUACAGCCUCAUGAUGAUACUGAGGACAGCAUGAAUGAUCAUGAAGACACAAAUGGUUCAAAAGAAAGUUUUAGAGAACAAGAUAUAUAUCUUCCAAUUGCAAAUGUUGCAAGGAUAAUGAAAAAUGCCAUACCUCAAACGGGAAAGAUUGCAAAGGAUGCCAAAGAAUGUGUUCAAGAAUGUGUAAGUGAGUUCAUCAGCUUUAUAACAUCUGAAGCAAGUGAAAGAUGCCAUCAAGAGAAACGGAAGACAAUCAAUGGAGAAGAUAUUCUCUUUGCCAUGUCUACCUUAGGCUUCGACAGUUAUGUAGAACCUCUGAAAUUAUACCUUCAGAAGUUCAGAGAGGCUAUGAAAGGAGAGAAAGGAAUUGGUGGAGCAGUCACAGCUACAGAUGGACUAAGUGAAGAGCUUACAGAGGAGGCAUUUACUAACCAGUUACCAGCUGGCUUAAUAACUGCAGAUGGUCAGCAACAAAAUGUUAUGGUUUACACAACAUCAUAUCAACAGAUUUCUGGUGUUCAACAAAUUCAGUUUUCAUGAUCCGAAGAAAUGAUGGACUGGAGAGUGUAGAGAACUGAGUCUGUAUGAAUCCAGAACAGAGACAUUAGAAGGAGCUGACUGGUGAAAAGAUGUCUCUUUGUAUAUUAAAUAAUUGUAAUGUAGCUUCCCAAUGCUUGACUAAUUGAGGUGUUAAUUCUGACUUGAGAAUCUUUUUCAUGAAUGAUUUUAAAGAAAAAUUUGGAUUUUAAAGGUAUUAUUUUUGUUUUGUACGAGUUUGUUGCUCUGUAUGACUCCUGUAUGCAUUGUAUAUUGCAGUUUAUUACUGUCAGAGAUUUGUAGACAGUUUCUUAUUUUCAUAUUGAAUCAUGUUACUUUUGUAAUAAUUCAAGUAAGCAGCUGGGUUAAUUCAUGAUGUUUGCCCUUUUAAUAAAAAAUAAGGGUAGAGUUCAUUUUGAAUGCAAGUUGCCUUUAUUAUAAAUUUGAGUUUGUCUUGGUUAUAUAAUACUUUGCAUGAUAACCUAGCUAGAUUUUUAGCAUUUGACAUAUUUAUUAACUUUUUUGUAAAACAUUCAUAGCUUAAGCAGCACCAUUUUUUUAAAAAAUGUAAUUGAGAAAUUAAGUGUGAAUGCAGAAGCAAAUAUUGUCGUCGGCCCUGUUCAAGUUGGUGCCCUUAACAGUGUCUACACUGUUCAUUGUGCCUGUUAAGAUAGUUUUAGUUUAUUGGCGCUUUCGUUAAGACUAGAUUUGUUUUUGAGUUACAUUAUUAUGAGUGUUGGAAUUCAUUUAAGUUUAACGUAGUCCCAGUGCUCUUGAAACGGUGCCCCUUUCAUUUUGUAUAUGAUUUUUCCAAAGGCAUAUCUUCAAAUACUAUAUAGUAUCCUCUUCCAGAAGAGGAAUUUCAUAGUCUGAUGGGAAAUGUCCUCAUUUUACCUUUUUAAUUGAAAUGUCAAGUUUCCUAUUGUGCUAUGGGAACCAAGAAAUGUCCGACAUCAUUGUGUGUAUACAGAGCUUUUUUGCAUGGGUGAGUGAAUGAAGAACAGAGUUAGUGCUGUGAAUGGUGCGAAAGAGAAACCGCCAGCUUCUAGCGUGCUGUCUUGAUCUUUGCAAUAAACUAAAUUUAGAUAAUGUAACUUUGUAUAAUUUACUAGUAUUGUACUUGGGUUGUUCCUUUUUUAAAGUGAGGAUUUGUAUUUUCUCACCUAUUCUUUUUGGUGAUAAUUAACUUGAGUCUUUUUUUUUUUUUUUUUUUAAUCAACAAUUGCUCUUGUAUAGUUUGCCUAAAAGGCACUUUGAGUGAAUGUCAUCUUGGAAGGACACUCAAAUUUAUAAUGGAGAAGCAAUUUCCUAGAUACAGGCUGGACAGAAACAUUUACUUUGCCAGAAGGAGCUUUUGCGGGCACAACUGGGAUAAUCUGAAGUUAAUAACUCCCUCACUACCUUCCCAUUUAAAAAAUAAUCUUCAUUACAGAAAAUUCAAACGGGCAAAAAAGGGUGGUUAGGCAAAACCAGCCAUCAUCCUACUAUGUUAAAAACCACCAGUGUUAAUAUUUUGGUAAAUAUGAUUUGUCCUUUUACUCUGCUAAAUAUGUAUAUUUUUAUAAAAAUGGGCUCAUACUUGCA